UCCUGCCCAGGGAGGUAGAGUGGAUUGAGGCUGGGACAAGGAUGGAUUGGAAAUGUGUGGCAUGUGGCCAGGUGGACUUGGUGGUGAAGAACCAGAAGAACACUGGGAUGGUGGACACGGACGAGGAAAUGAACAUCAUCAGGGAAAAGGAAGCGGUGAUGCUGGGUAUGGAGAUCGAGCGCUCGGGACAUGGCAUGUUGCACGGCACCAAUUGCAAGGCUGCCUUUUGCGGCACUGCGUCCAACGUGAUCAUAGAAAUUGGGAAGGUGCGGGCCAGGACUUGCUUCUUCGACAUGCCCGACGUCGAUCAUUCCAUGCUUCUGGGGAGGUCGUUCCUGUGUCGAACAGAGAUGCUAAUCUUCAACAAGCACGACGAGACAAUGAUCCUGCUCCUAUGUGACCCGGCGUGCGGGAACUAUGAGGUUAUCACUUGCCGGAACACGGGGCCGGGGAGCGGAAGGAACAGGCCUAAUCUCGACUCAUUCACCUUUGAGGAAUCGGAGAACGAGCGAAGGAGGCUUUGGAAAGUUCCCGAGGAGGAAGAAAUGGCCGAGGUGCUGACACAGAGCCUUACAGAUGUGAAUAAGGCUAUGGAAGUGGUGUCGGCACAUGACAUGGCGGAUCCUGAGGCCAUCAAGGCGCCGAGGGAGCAGGUUCUAGAGAACCCUCUGGAUUUACAACGGUUAAAUGCCGUGACCGUGCGGGCUGCAGGGGGAUUGCCAAAUGUGGACGCGCUGUCAGAGCCAUGCGCGGGGAAACCUAUAAUUUCGCUUAUAGACCUCUACUCUGGGUAUGACCAAUUUCCUGUAUACCCGCCUGACAAGCCUGUAACGAGGAUGCACACGCCCAGAGGGCUGAUUCAUAUGAACGUAGCCCCUCAAGGCUGGACGAAUGCAGUGGCGAUGGUGCAAAGGCGUAUGAUUAGGGCCAUGCAGACGGUUAGCCCACACAUCACCCAACCUUAUAUUGAGGACUUGGCGGUCAAAGGCCAGAAAGAGAGGGAGGAAGAUGAAGUGAUGCCAGGAGUAAGGCGGUUUGUCUGGGGACAUGUCCAAGACCUCGAGCAGGUCCUGAGCUUGCUGGAAGAGUACAACCUUACAGCGAGCGGCCCGAAGUCCAAGCAUUGCAUGAGAGAGGCGAUCGUUCUGGGUUUCAUCUGUAAUGAGAAUGGCCGGAGGCCUGGCGUAAAGAAAACAGACAAAAUCGUGAAGUGGCCAGUACCCUCCCGCUCGAUAACGGACGUAAGGAGCUUCCUCGACACGUGUGGGUUCUGGAGAAGUUUCGUGAAGAACUUCGCCGCCAAGACGGAGCACUUAAGGAAAUUGACGAAGACUGACCUAGUUUUGCCAAAUUGCAUCGAGGAGUAUUACGUGCGCUAUCCCUUUGUCAAAGAGUUCAUGAUGGACCGAGGAUCGGAGUUCACCUGCAAUGAGGUGCGAACCUUGCUCGCAGAGUAUGGCGUAGUGGCUAACUAUACUACGGCCAUGCACCCUCAAGCGAACACACCUGUGGAGAGGGGGCACAGUACCAUCAUGAACCUCCUGGCUAAGUGGACGGAGGGUAAGCCUGGUCAGUGGCCGAAGUUCCUGCGAGCGGCUUUCUUCGUAGAAAAUAUUACAGUAAAGAGGACUACCAAGUACGCGCCAGCCACACUAUGGUAUGGGAGGCAUGCCACCUUUCCCAUAGAAAGCUUCAUGAAGACGUGGAGGCGCCACGACCUGGAAGUCAACCUGUCCUUCGAAGAGCUGGUCGAUAUUCGGGCGCGUCAAGUAGGGGUUGCCGAGGAAAGGCUGCGAGAGGCCGCUGGUCAGGUAGAGAGGAGCCGCAUGGAGGACAAGAUGAGGUGGGACCAGAUGGCACGAGUAAGGAAGGAGCCAUUGGCAGUAGGGGGAUAUCGUAUUGUUGCCUUGGCGCGACGAGAGGAGGAGACAACAGAGCCAGUUCAAGUGGCGGAGCCGGUUCAGGCAGCAGGGCCAGCUCAGGUAGCAGAGUCACCCUCUACCCAUGGGCUUGAGCGAGUAAAGUUUCGCCGGAUUACGGGCAGUGACCUACAGGGUCCGUCGUCGACUUUGCCUGAGGAGGGAGGGGCUGUACCAUUGAGGAUACCGCUCGACAGUCUAGAGACCCAUCUCGAUGCAUCCCAAUGGGGGGCUUCGCAACUGGGGGCAGACCCAGGCAGGGCCGCACGAUAUGAGCCAACAGAGGAGCCACCUGAGCUAGAGCCGGAGGUUGCGCCGCGUGGGCCAGAGAGGCCACGGACUGAGGGGGCUAUUACUGUUGGGGACGAUACCCCUCCUCCUACCCCGAUUCCAGAGCAGGCACUGCAGUACUGGUCUGAGGGGAUCCCUGAGCAGGAUAGCGAGGAAGUUCCAGUAUCGCCAUUGGAAGCGCCGCCUCCGACGCAGGCGGGGCCAGAGGAGCGAGGAGGAGAUAAGAGGGCGAGGACACCUACUACUAUGGCACCACAGCUAGUCGAGCCUGCAACUGAGCCCUUGGACACUAAGAUGCCGACAUCCGAGGAGCCACCGCCGGAGUUGCCGCCCGUAGAGGAGGGGGUGAGUACAGGAGUUUCGCUACGAGAGGCCCAUGAAACGCUGGCAGAGAGGCCAUCAAGGGAGACGGCUGAAGAGAAGUUCGCGAGAGUGCAGGUGCGCCUCGAGGAGAUAUACGAGAAGAAGGUUAGGAUGGAGGCUGCAGGGGAGGUGCCGAUGCCCCCGAUCGAUCGUGGGAUGAGUGAGCAGAGGAUUGGUAAGGCGUGGGCUAGUUAUGAGGGUAAGAGGGAUGCUGGCCGUUUGAGGUCGCGAGAGGCAGGGCAGGAGAACGAGAGGAUGGACGAGGCACGGGAGACAGGAGACUUGGGAUUUUCAGCCGCUAGGAUGACAAUCGAGCAUACAGACAGGAGGGUACAUCAGGCAGCGACCACGUCCUUCCAGCGGUACACCAUGCUCAGCGAUGAGCUGGCGGCCUCGAGGUUGGAGGUGGAGCAGUUGCCUGCCCAGCUAGCAGGACAGAAGGCAGAGAACCAAGCCUGGAGGUCUCGCAUGGAAGCCAAGGAAGCUGAGUGGGAGAGGAAACUCCAGGAUAUGGCGGCGAUUGUAGAGAGGCUCUCGGCUACCAAAGUGGUCGACUUGACGGAGCAGAGUCGGUAUGGUAUCCAGGGGAAGGAGGUGCAGGGACUCUUUGGCCAGGGAGGGACGACGGAGCCACCCUUGCAAGAAGGGAUGGGGAAGGUAUUCUUGGACCCAGCGGAAGCGAAAGCAAGGCGGAAGGCCGAGGAGGAAAGUUUCAGCUUCAGGGCUCCCACAGAGUUGGCCUCGCAACAGGCCACCCCUAUGACGAUUGAGACCCCUGCGGUCGAGUCAGUGCAGAGACCCCGAUUCCCACUGGUGGAAAGAGGCCCCGCUGAGGAGUCCCCUACGAUUCUUUUGGAGGUGCAGGAAGGUGCCGUUGCGGGGGCAGCAACGUCCACUGAGCUCGAGGCAAUGGAGGAGGAGGCAUCUCGGUUGGAUGAGCUAGUGGCGGCCAUGGAGUUGGACAUGCCAUCAGAGGGGCCUCAGGGACGCGAGACCCCGGAGCGUGUGUUAGAGAUGGGGGAGUUGAGGACACGGUUAGGCUCCUGGGCCACUGGAGCUAACUUAGGAGAGCACACCGCCGAGCAGCAGCAGGAGGUCAUGGGUGAGCUAGCCGCUGCGGUGGUUUCUCAGCCGUCAGGGUCGUGUGGGGAUGAGAUGGUGGUUCCGACAGAGAGGCCUCGCAAGGAGAGGCCCCGAGAGUUGGACACACCAGAGUACUGUGUCGAGCGCAUCGGUCCCGCACGGGGACCCUCCUGGCCGCGUCACGCAGGAUUCUGUAGGACUUGUCGCAGAGAGCGUUUGCCGCUCCGGCCGAGUGCGCCAGCCAUACCUCUCGCGAGCCCCUACGACAGGACAGGGUCAGGCGAGGCACCGCUUACCUCCACCUGCGGGAGCUGUCACCAUCCCUUAGGUGGGCGUGUCCCCGCCGAGCUACUGAACCACAUGCGAAAGCUUUUCGUAUGCAAUUGCAGAGGUGGCCCAACCGAGGGCGUUUCUCGUUCGCUGUAGCAUAGGGGGUACGUGCGGUCAACGCCCAAAAUCAAACCCGUACGCGAAU